CUUCACCUUGCAAUCUUCAACCAGCCUCCUCGUCUCCAGAACCUUCUCACACCCAUAUCCGCAGAGCCGUUCGUACUCAUUAGCCCCCUAAACUGUUUCAGGACUCGUUUCUUUUGUCUACUUCUGCCGUUUUCCCGUACUGAUUCGGUGAAGAAUUGAGCACGUCAAGCGUUGAGUUUGUCCUUCGAUUGAGGUUUUCUCUACUCUUUGAUUCCCUUUUCGUGUUUUUGCUCCAACAGUUGAUUGUUGCUGACUGCAAAUUUUUUUGGGGAAUAGUUUUAGAAAUUUGUUGGGUUGCUGCGGCGUUAAUUGUACUGUUGUUAGUACAGAGAGGAACCCUUGGUAUUGGGGAGCUUUUUGCGUCUGCCAUACGGAUUUUAGGGUUUGGUUUUUGUGGUUGUUUAGGAUAAUGGGUCCUGGUUAUGUUUUCAGAGCCGCCUCGUUUUGCUAUUCCUUGUUCAUGGGGUAGAAUUGGUUUACUUCAGAGAUUAGGGUCGAAUUUGACGAACCCCAGUAAUAACAUAUAACUGUUUUAAACUGUGAAGGUACUUUAUAUAAAGAAGAGAGUCAUUGGUGGCAUUUAUUGGACAGUAUAGCACAGGAGAAGUUUAAUUGAAUUGAUUGAUUCAUUGAGGUUAAUCUUGACGGAGGAUUUUUGGUGACUUUUAACAAAAUAGCGUAUAGACUGAUUUGGCCAAGCCUUAUUACAUUAUGUACAGAACAGUUUUGAAGAGUUAGUGGCUAGGAAAUUUUGAUUUAGAGAAGUAGUGACUUUUACGGUGCAUCUCAGGCAAGCUAUUUGAUUUGUAAAGCUACCUCAAAGAAAAUUUGUAUAAGUUUUUGUGAGGAAAUAAAACAAUUUUGGCGAGUUUGUGGAGAAGUUUAACCAGAAAGAUAGAUUUUGGAGUUCUUUGUUUAUGAUCAUGUUUAAUCAUAGUUAUGGAAAGAAGUGAGCCUUCAUUAGUGCCACAAUGGCUGAAGAGCAGUAGUAGUUCACACCUCCAGUUAGCAUCAGCAUUGCACUCAGACAAUCAUUCAGCAAGGCUUUCCAGAAAUAAGUCAUCCGUAAGUAGUGAUCACGAUAUAAGCCGCACAUCUGUUUCAGAGAAGACUACUUCUGCUUAUUUUCACCGGAGUUCUAGUAGUAACACCACUAACUACCCUCCAUCAUACAGUAUUUUUUCUAAAGGGCAUCGUGUUAGGGAAUGGGAGAAAGAUAUUAAUGGUUAUCAUGAUAAGGAAAGGCACCUUGACUAUGCUGAUUCUUUGGGUACCACAUUGCCAAUUUUUGACAAAGAUCCAUUGUGGCGCUCGCAGUCUUUGAUAACAGGGAAGCAGGGUGACUUGUGGCCAAGGAAAGUAAUCAAUGAUUCAAAUGCAACCAAAAAAAGCAAUCAUAACAGUGGUAAUGCUCCUAAUGGAGCUCACACAAUUGGUGCCAAAUCUACAUUUGAAGACAAUUUUCCCUCCCUUGCAGCUGAGGAAAGACUAGAUGGGGCAGAGAUAGGGGGAGUUUCAUCUCCUGGCUCAAAUACUGCUAACGAGAGCUUGCAAGGAGGUUCUUCAGUUGUGACUGGCGGUGAUAGUUGGACAUCUGCUUUAGUGGAUGUACCAGUGAAUAUGGGAAGCAGUGGCACAGGUGUUGCAGCCACUCAGACUGUUUCAGCAAGCUCAGCUUCGAUUGUUCCAACCAAGACAACUACCCUUAAUAUGGCUGAAACAGUGGCUCAGGGGCUUACUCGUGCUCGUACUCCCCCCUUGUUGAAUGUUGGAUCUCAAAAGCGUGAGGAGUUGGCUAUCAAGCAAUCAAGGCAGUUAAUUCCAAUGACACCAUACACGCCUAAACCCUUGGUACUAAGUCCUUCAGAAAAAUCAAAAUCUAAGAUUGGGCAGCACCAGUAUUCUUCACUCCCUCUGAAUAAUUUGCGUGGUGGAGCUGGAAGACCUGAUGGUUUAAAGACACCUAAUGAGAGCAAGCUUCAGACCCUCAAACCAUCACGAGAGCUGAAUGGUUUCCCUUCAACUGCAAGGGAUACCUUGAGUCCUACCAAUGGAAGCAAAUUAGCAAUUAGCCCAAUUAGUGGUAAUCCAUCAUCCACUGCCUCAGCUUCCUUUAGGAGCUCAAGCCUCAGCUCCAGCCCCACUAAUGUUGGGCGCAAUCCAAGUUCUUUCCAUGUAACCAUUGAGAAGAGAACAAUGGCCCAAGCCCAGAGUAGGAAUGAUUUCUUCAACCUUCUAAAGAAGAAAUCUUCUCAGAACUCCCCUUCUGCUGUAUCUGAUCCUGGUCCUGCUGUCUCACCAUCUUUUUCGGAGAAGUCAGAUGAAGUCACUGCAGAAGAUGGCAGUACUUCUGUUCCUCUGCACAGUAGCAAUGUCCCCCCUUCGUCAGAAAUCUCUGUUGCUGGAUUGCAAACUGACAGUAGGUCUGACGUGACCCACAAUGGUGAUUCCUUUGGUGGUUCUUAUCAGUGCUCUAGCAAUGGAGAGAAGCACCCAACCCACCAUGUGUUUCUUGGUGGGGAAGAGGAAGAAACUGCUUUUCUACGUUCCCUUGGCUGGGAUGAAAAUGCUGGUGAGGAUGAAGGUCUUACAGAGGAAGAGAUACACAGCUUUUGUGAGGAGUACAUGAAGCUGAGACCUUCUGCAAAACUUUCCCAAGGAAUGCAGCAAAAAUUACCAUUGAGCUCAGUAGAAGGGAGCACACUGGAUUCGAACUCAGAAUCUUGACUCACCAAGUAUGCUAUUUGACUUGGAAAACUUUCAGUUGAUUGCUGAAGUGAUUGUGUUUUCCAAUUUUGUUUCUUUGUUGAUAUUGGGUAGAAAAUCUUGAGCGUUGAGUACUACAAGCAAAAUAGGAACAAAUAUAUGUGGUUGCUGUUUGUUGCAAUUGAUUGGAUUGGAUUGGAAUAAGCUAAAAGCAAUCCAGUCCUGAAAAAGACCUGCUAUGCAAUCUUCUAGGCUUUUUAACAUAGAUUUUCUGAGAUAUAAAGAAGUUGAGAGGUGGGUAGCAGUAGCAAUAGGUUUUGUCAUUGCCUGCAGUGUAAGAAACUGUUGGGAAAAAUAGUUAGACAAACUGGGUUAAAAUUUUUUUUGGCUUUGGGGCAUAAUUGAAACAAAAAGUGUAUGGUUUUAGUCAUUUGAAGGAAAAGGAAAGAAAAUUUAGCCCUUUAU